AUGGUCAAAUUCGCCGCCAUCGCUUUAUUCUUCUUCGCCAGCGCCUUGUCUGUGCAAGCUUGCACCUAUUGCCAAUGUGAAUUUGGUGAUGGAGGACACUGCUGCGUCUAUUCGGACGCUUCAGCUGGCAACCUCGAUUGCACUGCUAUUUGCGGAGGCGCCCAUCGUGCUGAUGGCUCAGACAACGGAGGAGACAACCCCCCUGGUACUGCCUGUGCCGCCGGAGGAAAAUAUGAGUGUAUUAGUCCUAUCACUGCCAUUGGUCGUACUGCCUGCUACACGCAGUAG